AUGGGUGGUGGUCCCAGGCCUAAUAAAACCAAUCACCAAAUCAAGGCAAAUAAUUUUCGGCCAGUCCAGCACAAGCUAAAGUUCGAUGUAAAGGAGGCCAAUGGUUCUACAAUACCACUGACACAGGAUCUCAGCAACCUGGAGUCUCUGGCAGCACUGCGAAGAAUUGAACGAGAUCCUUCACAUCUCUGGGACGAGGAUGAGAGAGAACUUUUGACUGUGUUGUACAGAUGGUACAACAAUGCCGACCCCUCGACGAUUCCAAAGGUAUUCAACGCAGUCACUGGCCUCUCUCUUCGGCUCUCGGUUGUACGUUAUCAGUUCGAGAGCCACAUCCUACUAUAUGGCGGGCGCGCAUUUCCCGAGUUCGCACGUGUAAUGUCAGUUCCGUUUGACGAUCCCGAAGGUAGAUACGACGAGAUUCGUGGUAUCAUCGAAGACACUGCAGCAGAGCCUGGCAUCAAUUUACCGCGACGAGAGACAGAGGUUCAUUUUACUUCUGGGACAGCGCGAUACGCAAAGUCACCAAGGACGCGGCGCACAUAUAGGGCGCUCGUGCGCAAAGCCACACAGCAGGAGAAAGAAAAGGCUCGCAUUGCUCGGAUGAGUCAGCUUGUUGAAUUACCAGCAUGCCGACAACCCGCUAGUAUACCAUAUCGUCUCGGACGGAUAGAUAUAUCUAUGCACCCGGAUCAGAUGGACAAAGAGACUUGGUCCGACGUAGAGGACUCUCCUUCAAGCUCUCCAUUGGCACCCAUAACUCCGGGUACCAGAACGCCGCCUGCAGUUCGAAACAUUGCAUUUCGUGUUUGGGACGCGAAUAGUCGGACGGCAUUCACCGAAGAGUCUGGAUUCGUCAGUCAGGCUUUCACUAUCUGGCGGAACGAGUACCCUCCUCCCUUCUCGCCAGACGGCCAAGGACGCCAGGCAUUAAUGAUAUUUACAAAUCUACACCUGUCACUAACAGGCGGUGCAUCAACCUUUGUAUCCCUGUCGACAAGUCUCCUCCAGGUUCUAGUCAAGGCGAGUACAAUGCAUGAUCCACGGAUAGCAGUCGAGCGUAUGGUGUGGUGCGCGGUACCCGCAGAAGCCAUUCUGUGGCAUUUCCCCCUGUCGCAUCUGCACGAGGUGUGCGAAGCCGACGACGCCUGCGCUGAGCUGCUCAGUCUGGCUGACAUUGAACGCGGCCUUCGUACGCGUCACGUGGCCGCGCGUAUGCAGCAACGGUGCAAAAGCAUCAAUGACAUUGUCGCUGCGAGGGCCAUGGCAGUCAUCGCCCGCGCAUUCGGCGUACAUCGCCCAAAUGCCCGUCUCGAGCAUAUCCAAGGGAUGAUCGCCGCGCUCGUCGACUCGUUGCAGCUUAGUGUAGGCGACGCAGCGACUCCUAUUCCGAGCAGAGUCGCCCAUGCGUUCGCCGCAACGCUCAAGUCAGAAAGGCACGGCGUCGAGAACGUCGCAUCGGCUUUUCUGGCCGGUGUGCAACAGGGUGUUGAUACCACUGCUUACUAUGCGCACCGACGGCCGAAAUAA